CCUGUAUUCUUUGAAAAAUGUAAAAGAAAAUCCCACACCUUUGAUUGUUUCAGUGCAUUCUGAAACACAUCUGAGAUCACACUAAUUUCCAAAUCUCUUAGUUUUCCAACAAGCUGAUUUCUCUCUCUACUUUAUGCUUUAUAUUGUAAUAAUAAAUGCUCAACUGUUUCUGUUUUUCUACAAUUCUUCACAUUUCCUUUAUGUACAGGGAACAAUAACGAUUGGAGUGUGCAAAGCCUAUUAUAACAAUAAUGAUGUUGAAUACAUGUCCUCCUUUUGACUCUUUAAUCCAGUCUUCUCGCCACAGGCUUAUAGCUGCAGCUUUUGUAAUAUUAUUGCCUGAAAAGUACUUGUGUUUUUUACAUGAGAUAGCCUGUGCAUUUCAACCUCAAUGCUGUUUUGGCCAGCUUAUCCAUCGUCUCAUUUUCUUCUAUACCUAAACGGCCAGGGAUCCAUAGAAAAGUCUACAUUUACUCCUGUAUUAAUGAUUCUAUAAAUAUUCUGCACAUUUUCAUACAGAAUAUCAGCUAUAUUGUUUAAGCGUGGGCUUUACCAAACAUUGCCAGAAACUUGCAAAUGGGGCGGGUCUUGCAAUAUGGAGGGAAGUGCAGUGAUUGGUUUUCAACUGGGGCAUAUUCUGACCAAUAGGCGAAAGGCACGUUAGCUUUAAAAGCUGAUCGUCGCGUCUCACAGUCAUAAAGACGUUUUCGUUAGUCUUCGAGAAUCCACUGCCAACAUGAGCGGAAGAGGCAAAACCGGAGGGAAAGCCCGCGCCAAGGCUAAGACUCGUUCUUCUAGAGCAGGGCUUCAGUUUCCAGUCGGCCGUGUUCACAGACUCCUCCGCAAGGGGAACUAUGCUCAGCGUGUCGGUGCUGGAGCUCCAGUGUAUCUGGCUGCUGUGCUCGAGUAUCUGACUGCUGAGAUCCUGGAGUUGGCUGGUAACGCCGCUCGGGACAAUAAGAAGACCCGUAUCAUCCCCAGACAUCUGCAGCUGGCGGUGCGCAAUGAUGAAGAGCUGAACAAGCUUCUGGGCGGUGUGACCAUCGCUCAGGGUGGUGUACUACCCAACAUUCAGGCCGUGCUGCUGCCUAAGAAGACCGAGAAGGCCGCCAAAGGCAAAUAAACAAAAUGUUUGUUUUCUAAGUUUACCCAACGGUUCUUUUAAGAACCACCCAAAUCCACCUUAAAAAAGGCAAUUUAAAUGUUAAAUGAAAUAAAGCAUAGUGGAGAAUUAG